AUGGCGUCUGAUUCUGAAAUGAACAAUGCCUCUGACCAUGAAGAUGGCGAUGCCGACUCUCUGGCAUCUACCUCAGAAAGUGAAGAAGAAACCGAGUACUUCGUGAAGACAAUACAUGCGGAACGGAGGUUCUACACAGAACCAGAUUCCGAGAAUGAUGAGGGUACCUUCAUAACUCAGUAUUUGGUAGAGUGGGAUGGAUACAGCAUGGACAGAUGCACUUGGGAGCCGAAGGAAAUGUUUACUUCGGAAGAGACCCUAGAUGACUGGGAAGAGAAAAAAAAGCAGAUUGCUGAGGGUAAAGAGCGCCGUUUUGAUCUUGAGUCGUGGGAGAAGGAUACGGCUUUGUUGGAAAAAAAGACAAAGAAGCGAAAAGAAGAACGAAGGCGCAAACGGGAACAAAGGGCACGGCAGAAAAACGUCCCUCAAGCUAAAUCGUCUCGACUGGCCAAUCGCAAUAUUGUAGAUGCCCAUGAGCCUGAAGCAGGAAUUGCAUCCCGUCGAGCUCCCAGUCGACUCUCCAUCGAUUCCACCGCUUCAGCCUUGUUUGUUCCAGCUGAAGCUCUGCCUCCAUCAAAGGCGGCGCCUCGCCAAUCGCAGCAACAAAUAGCGCCCCCAGGAUUAGCUAUCUCUAGUGCGCAACAAAAACGCAACGCUCCUCUAGGAUCAACAAACUUAAUUGCAAAAACACAAGCAACCCCAGGGCAGCGUCCAAACUCACGACUUGCUCAGCUCGCAAAGAAUAUUACCGCCAAGCAGAAACCGCCGGCGAGCCAGAAGAACCCACAAGCAGCAAAGCCCAAAUUGUCUUCUUUCGGUACGCGCCCGGUGGCCAAGCGUGCGUACUGUGAUAGGAAGUGGCGCGAGCGAGCGCCGGAUUUAUCACAUAUGGAGCUGAUGAAGCCUUCUGAAUUCGCACCAAGGAUGAACAUCCCCCAUACCACCCUAGUCGUUGGCCCAUCUGUAACAAGUCCCAGAUCCUCGGAAGCCGAAAAUCAACCUGCUUCUGAGAAUCCAGUCAGCUUGCCUGAUCUACUACAGCCACAUACUGGUCAAAUAAACGAUGAAAUUGCGCAGCAUCCAAAGAACCCCGUCGUUCUCGCGUCUUCGUCGGCCAUGGCUCCCCCAAUGCCUCGCUCUUCGAACUUAGACUGCACUGCGUCGGUUUCGUCAGUGGCGCUGUUGCCUGCGACCAGUGCCCAGUCGAAUCUAGAGAGAAUCAAUGGUGCUAUAGAUUCCACUAUCUCUAGUUCUUCGCCAGAUAUCCGAUCAAAGCCCGUUCCACCGGCGAACCUCACCCAUACUACCGAUUCUGCUGAUUCUUUGGUCUCAACUCUUUCACCGUCAGGUGAGACUCUGACGAAUCCUGCCGGGCGGUCAACCUCUGCCCUUCCUGCGCCCUCACCAGCUCCUUAUCCCCAUCCAGCGUCACAGGCCAAUAUCGAUAAGCUUACCGGUCCUUCGGCGCCUACUAGCUCAGUGGCCCCUUCAGUUGUUCUUCCAGAGGCCCGUGAGGACAUUACUUCUGUGAAAUCUACUAGACCCUCGGGUUCUGAUAUUACACCUCUUUCGUCAGUCAUUACAACCAAGCCUCGUGCAAUGGUCAUUCUCGAGAGGAGGCCUGGCGAGAACCAAACCUCGCUGGAGAGCUGCGAUACAGUCCGAGCUCUCUCGUCGGCAAUCACCAUCUCGGCGGUCAUCUCCACGUCGACGGUCACCGCCCUAUCGACGGUCACGGUCUCCGCCAUCUCGUCGGUCACGGUCUCCGCCAUCUCGUCGGUCAUCGUCCUCACGUCGGCAAUCGCGAUCUCGACGGUCACGGUCACCAUCCUCUCGACAGCCACCGCCACCCGUCGUCCCAUCGCGGCCCAAGCUGCAACGAUGCCGGCGCGUAUUCCCCAAGGACCCCGCAAUAUUGCGGGAUACUGGGUCCCCAAGGGAGAGACCCUUAUUCACAUCUUCAUUGGACCUGAUAAGAGACUCAUGGGUGCUUUCAGAGUAUGCGGCAUCGAUUUGGAUGUCCAGAGAUCUCUGAUAGCGUCUAAGAAUCGGAAUACACACCGAGUUGAGGUUUGGUUUAAGGACCUGUGCACAGUCAGAGAGUACGAAAAAUUGUGCGAAUCCAGUGCGAAAAAUUCUAUACUGAGUACCGGCUGGGUUGAGGGCUUCAGCGACACCAGCGAAAAUCUGUUUGGUCUAGCAGAGGAUCUGCGAAAGGACGGCCUCAUCGCCAUUCACUAUUCUCCGGUGAACAGAAACGGAGCGGGGAUUGUGUGGGUUGCUUGGUCACCCGGUUCACAGGAAUUCAAGUUUCCACAGCCCGAUGAAGUGCCACCCGGCGUUCCUCUACUCAUUGCCGCCCGCACUAUGCUAGCACCAAUUGAAGUUUUACGAAAAAUUGGAUCUAGCCAGCCUAGCGGGCGACCUCGUCCCUUGCCAGAUACAUCGCUUUCAAUGCGCAGCGAGCCGCCUAGUGCAGGUGGUAGCCUAGAGUCUAGCACUUCCCCAAGACAGGCAAACUUUCACCAUGAUAUGAGAAUGAAUGGAUCCUUGCCGUCGCGAGAGAGGCCGAUCUCAGCGCCAGUCCAAAGCUUUCUGCCCGCAAGUGGGCUCAGGGAUAAUUCAAUUUGCGUUAACCCCCAACCCCAAGGUAACAUCGCCACUCAAGGGGAUCAAACAGAUCAAACGGGGCCCCAGGUAGUUGAGGAUUUCAUGAAAGCCCUCAAAAUCAACGUGGAAGAACUUGCGACAAUUGAGGAAGGCGGGAAAUCUUCCAAGGCCAGUAUCUUUUACUUGCACUUUCCCUCGGACGAUCCAGAAGUAAAAGAGGAACUGCGGCUUCUGCAGGUUUGCCUGGUGUACUAUGAAAAGAUUGUGUUAACAAGCGACAACCCUGGAGACUGGACAAAAUUUGUGCAGAACAGCAGACAGGGCGUUGCCAUAUUUCACGAAUCAUUCGUCGGAUACGAUACGUUACAGCCUCCACUCAAUUCUUUUCUUCCGACCAAUUCGUUCAAUUAUUGGAUUGUUAGGAUUCGCAGACCACUCGAAUUAGUUGAUCCCCGUUAUUGCUCACCUGGCGACUACCAUUUACGCAUAUUCCCAUAUGGCGGUGUCAUACUUUUCACCGAAGACGUAUUGACAAACCUAAAAGGGGUGGCCAUAACUCUCCAAUGGAUUCGGAAUGCAAACAGGAACAAACGCAGAUCUUGGACGUUGAUGUUUCCCCCUGGGAUACUUGAAUGGAUCGAAAGGAGACUCGAUGAUGAAACUCACUCGCAAGAUCAUGGACUUCUAUUGCUCGUUUACUCCUUGAUCAUCAAGAACAACGUCGCCGACCCUCAUGCAGCCUUGUUCGAUAAAGCUAGUCUAGACCCGAAUUCAAAGAGCAACGUCAUCUCACCCGCUCUUAAUGAAUACGGUACUCGCACAGAGCACCACAGCCUUCGAAUCGAGGGAAAAGCUGAACGCGACGCCGAUCAUCUGAUCGAAUUCUUCGCGGGGUGGUCACUGAUUAACAUACCACGUUUCCGGAACUUCAUCGCUGUUACCUCUCUUGAUGCUUCCGCUGGCGCACGAUGGGAGAAAUGGGGACAUAUCACUGUCAUGCGAGGUGGCUUCGACCAUUUUUUCAAACGAUUCAAAAUAAACUCAGAGGCCAUCAUGGGCUACCUGUCAGGCUCUGGUGAUCCAACGCCACGACCUUCUGCUAGCCAAGUAGCUACCCCUUCGAGUGCGGCCACACCACAGACGCCUAAUUGGGCAUCUCACAACGCCAAUGCCAAUAUUCAUUCUACCUUUACAGGCAGCCCGAACAGUAGUGGCACGAACAAGUACCCUGCUCCCUACAAAUGA